GUCUGCAACUUAUCUUCAAUGGGGAAGGAAGAGAGGAUGACGCAAAUUGAUCUGUCUCUGAACUUGGGAAGCCAAAAUGGAAAAGAAUUAGUUGAAGAAGAAGCAGAACAAGUGGUAGAAGAACUGGAAGUAGAUGAUCAGGAAGGUCAAGAGAACCCGGCAUGUGGAAGUGAAGAAAGAAAAGAAAGAAGAGAAGAAGAGAAGGAUGCAUCAGCAGGCAAAUUCUUGCAAGAAAAUCUAAGGACAGAAGAGCUAUCUGUGCUACAGAUGGAGAUGGACCGCAUGAAAGAGGAAAACAAAUUGUUGAGGAAGGUAGUUGAAGAGACCAUGAAAGAUUACCGAAGUCUUCAGAUGAAACUUGCAGUCGUCCAGCAAAAUGAUACAAGAAAAGAUCCUCAGAUCUUUCUCUCGCUCCAUGGAGAUGCCAACACAAUUCAAGGAACUAGAGACGUCUCUGAAGUCGUACAUGAUAAAAAUCCGGCUCCUUUAUUACCAUCAGAAGCAAAAAACGGUGAAGAUGAAGAUGAGGAAUUGGAAUUAUCCUUGAGUAUGCAAACUCAUGCGCACCAACAUGGACGAGAUGACAACACCAAAGAAGAAAAUAGAGGUUUGGAACCAGAACAAAAUAAUCUUGUAAAGAAAGAAUCGGAUGGAAUUACAAACAGUUCUCCAGAACCACCCAGUAAGAAAGCUAGAAUUACAGUCAGAGCAAGAUGCCCAGCACCCACUAUAUAUGAUGGUUGCCAAUGGAGGAAAUACGGACAGAAGAUUGCAAAAAGAAACCCUUGUCCGAGGGCCUAUUAUCGUUGCAUGGUAGCUCCAGGAUGCCCAGUGAAGAAACAGGUACAAAGAUGCCUAGAAGACAUGUCCAUACUCAUAACGACCUAUGAAGGGACUCACAACCAUCCUUUGCCCACUGGCGCAUGCACGAUGGCAUCGAUGGCAUCUGCAGCGGCCACCUUUGUGUGGCCUUCUGCAGUAAACUCAGGCAGCAUCAUCAACGAUGGACGAACUCCAAUUCCUUACUGUAAUCCUCAUUCGAUAAGCCCUUCUCUUCAUUCAUCAACAACCAUCAAGAAUAUCAUAGACCCCAGAAACCAGUCUAAUCAGAUUGUUGUCGACCUCACCAACAACCCACAGCAACAAUUCCGCCUUCCUAGCUCUUCCCAUUCAAGACCAGAAUUGGCUUACCCUUGGAUUCCUACAAACCCAAGCUGUAAGACUACUGCUGGUGCAAUCGUUAAUGGUGGUCAUGAUUUCUCAGCCCAUCAAUCCCCUAGCUUUCAAGGAAUGGAUAAGAGGGACUGGAAGGUUGAAGAAAAGUCAUUAUCUGACAAUGUCAGCGCUAUUGCUUCAGAUCCCAAGUUCAGAGCAGCUGUUGCCGCUGCCAUAACAUCAUUCAUCAGUACUAGAGAUAGCCCAACAGUUCAGUCUAAAGGGUCUUCUUUGAUUCUUAGGGAUGGGGAGGGUGGUGGCAAUUCUAGCAGCAAUAAAUGGUUGUUGGAGUCUCUCCCCUCUUGUGGUAAGCCUUACUGGCAUUUCUAGUCAUGAAGGAAAGUCUGGUUAUAUUUUAUGUAAGCUGA